AUGGCCCCCUUUCAAAAUUUCCAUAAAAUAGAACGGAUUAAUAAUAUACGGCUUCUUUCGACGACACCGUAUUCGUAUGUCCCGUUUCCGAAACCCUCUGUAUUGCCGUAAACCCUCUUCCCGGCUUCGACAAAUUGAUACAAACGCAGAAAUUCUAGAGAGAGAGAGUGAGUGAAGAGAGAGAGAGAGAGAGUGAUUAGAGAAAUGGGAACAUCAGUUCAGGUGAAGCCACUCUGUGGAGUAUACAACGAGAACCCACUAUCGUACCUGGUCUCAAUCGAUGGCUUCAGCUUCCUCGUCGAUUGUGGAUGGAACGACCACUUCGACCCCUCUCUUCUCGAACCCCUCUCCAGGGUGGCUUCAAGUAUCGAUGCUGUCUUGCUAUCACAUCCGGAUACAGUUCACCUUGGCGCUUUACCAUAUGCCAUGAAACACCUCGGAGUCUCAGCUCCUGUUUAUUCAACAGAGCCCGUGUACAGAUUAGGCCUAUUGACUAUGUAUGAUCACUAUCUCUCACGGAAGCAAGUAUCAGAAUUUGAUUUGUUCACACUGGAUGAUAUUGAUUCUGCAUUCCAAAGCGUGACUAGACUAACCUACUCUCAGAAUCAUCAUCUAUCUGGCAAAGGAGAAGGAAUUGUUAUUACUCCUCAUGUCGGUGGACAUCUAUUGGGAGGUACUAUUUGGAAAAUCACAAAAGACGGGGAGGACGUUAUAUAUGCUGUUGACUUCAAUCAUCGCAAAGAGAGGCAUUUGAAUGGAACUGUUUUAGAAUCAUUUGUCAGGCCCGCUGUUCUGAUAACAGAUGCCCAUAAUGCUUUAAAUAAUCAGCCUUCUAGACGUCAAAGGGACCAAGAAUUUCUAGAUGCAAUUCUGAAGACUCUAAGAGCAGAUGGAAAUGUAUUAAUACCUGUUGAUACUGCUGGUCGAAUAUUGGAGCUAAUUUUAAUACUGGAACAGUUUUGGGCACAACAUCAUUUGACAUAUCCUAUCUACUUUCUUACAUAUGUUUCAUCAAGCACGAUUGAGUAUGUCAAGAGUUUCCUUGAGUGGAUGAGUGAUUCAAUAGCAAAGUCUUUUGAACACACACGAGACAAUGCUUUUCUUCUGAAGUAUGUCACUCUUUUAAUAAACAUGAGUGACCUUGAGAAAGUUCCAGAUGGUCCAAAGAUUAUUCUAGCAUCCAUGGCCAGUCUAGAAUUGGGUUUCUCACAUGAUAUAUUUGUUGAAUGGGCUGCUGAUGGCAAGAAUCUCGUGCUUUUUACGGAAAGAGGCCAGUUUGGCACAUUGGCCCGCAUGCUUCAGGCAGAUCCACCUCCUAAAGCUGUUAAAGUCACUAUGUCAAAGAGAGUUCCUUUGGUUGGAGAGGAGUUAGCCACUUACGAAGAAGAGCAAAACCGAAUAAAAAAGGAGGAAGCUCUAAAAGCUAGUCUAAUCAAAGAGGAGGAUUCAAAAGCAUCUCAUGCCUCUCAUCCUACUGUGGGUGAUCCAAUGGUCAUUGAUAGCACUACCCAUGCUUUACCAGAUGUGGCUGGCCCUCGUCGUGGUGGUUUCUGGGACAUAUUUAUUGAUGGAUUUGUUCCAUCUUCUUCUAGUGUUGCCCCAAUGUUUCCAUUUUAUGAAAAUUCCUCUGAGUGGGAUGAUUUUGGUGAAGUCAUUAAUCCGGAUGAUUACACAAUCAAGGAAGAAGAUGUGGACCAAGCAGCCAUGCAGGUUGGUGGGGAUAUGAACGGAAAACUUGAUGAAGGCUCUGCUAAUUUGAUGCUUGAUACAACACCUUCAAAAGUUGUCUCUAAUGAAUUGACUGUGCAAGUUAAAUGUUCGUUGGUUUACAUGGAUUUUGAGGGCCGUUCUGAUGGCCGCUCAAUUAAGUCAAUACUUGCUCAUGUGGCACCCUUAAAGCUUGUCUUGGUGCACGGAUCGGCAGAGGCCACUGAGCAUUUGAAGCAACACUGCUUGAAACAUGUUUGCCCCCAUGUAUAUGCUCCCCAAAUUGAAGAAACGAUUGAUGUAACCUCAGACAUGUGUGCUUACAAGGUGCAACUUUCUGAGAAGCUAAUGAGUAAUGUGCUCUUUAAAAAGCUUGGAGAUUACGAAUUAGCUUGGGUUGAUGCUGAAGUAGGGAAGACAGAAAGUGGCAUGCUGUCUUUGCUUCCUCUCACAACUCCAGCUCCACAUCAUAAAUCAGUUUUAGUUGGUGAUAUAAAAAUGGCAGAUUUCAAGCAGUUUCUUGCAAGCAAGGGCAUCCAGGUGGAAUUUGCUGGUGGGGCCUUACGAUGUGGGGAGUUUGUGACACUACGGAAGGUUGGGGAUGCAAGCCAGAAAGGUGGCGGUUCUGGCGUUCAGCAAAUUGUCAUUGAAGGCCCCUUAUCUGAGGAGUAUUAUAAAAUCCGGGAGUAUCUCUACUCGCAGUUUUACUCACUUUAAGCUAAGAUUUAAAAAGCUGUAACUUUUUUGUAAGAUUUAGAUUAUAAUGGUUUCUACCAUGUUUAGUAUCUUUCAUUAACUCAUCUUUGUUAAAUGUAAUUUUAUUAGAUUUGCACGA